AUGGUUUAAUUUGUUAACGAAUUUAUAGAAUAUUGCAGUAUCAUAGGAAUAUUGGAGAAAGAUUAAAAUUUUGAAUAAAUUCAUGAUGACUUAGGUUAAAUGUUAUUUAUGCAUUUGGUUACAUUAAAUAGACAAUCAUUGAUUGAAUUAUCAAAUAGAAUCUCUUAAAUAUGGCUAAUGAAUUAAAACAUUACAAAACCAAUUGUAACUUCAAAUAGUGCUAAAUAAUUCACUACUAGAAGUAAACAUAGUCAAUCUACUCCUUAAGAGUCUAAAUCUAUGUAAAGUAGCAAUAAUCAAUCUACAUGUUAUCUUUAUGAUUAAUACAUAAAUAAAGAAGAAAAGAAAAUUGAGUAAUCUUAAAAAGUGAUUGAAAAUUAACUAAAAGAAUGUACAUUCAAACCAUAAAUAUCAAAAAAGAGUCAUUAAUUAGAUACAAUGGCACCAGUUUAUGAAAGAUUAUCAAAAUUUGGAAAUGAUUAAAGAAUGAAGUAUCAAAUUAGUAUGGAUAUUAAAACUAAAAGUGAAUUAAAAUAAUGUACUUUUAGACCUUAAGUAAAUCAUAACUCUUCUCUUAAAACUUUAGAAAGUGAUCCAUUCUCUAGAUUAUACUAAAAUGCAUUAUCAUAAAGAUAAUCAAAACCAAUUAUUCAAGAAAAGAUUUAUCCAUUUAAACCUCAAUUAAUAAGUUAACCUAUUGAAUAAUAAGAAUAUUUAUCUAUUCCAGUUGAAGAUAGACUUUAUAAUCACUUUUUUGAUUAACAAUAAUAACUUGUUUUAUUAUAAUAAAAUGAAAGCUAAGCUUAAUUAGAUGAUUGUACAUUCAUUCCUAAUAUUAAUCAAUAUACUUCACAUUAAUAAGGUUCUGAAUAAAAAAUUAAAGUAUUUGAAAGACUUUAUAAUAAAUCAUCAGCUAUUAAAUCUGCUUCAGGAAUUAAAGAAUAAAAUCUUAAUUAAUUUUCUAUUUCUAAAUAAUCUGAUAAAAUUAUUAAAAAUGCCAAUUCAGACCACUCUAAAUAUGUAUCCCAAUUUCAAAUUGAAUAAUCUCCAUUCGAUAGACUACAUAGUGAACACAAAAGAAUUGAAAAGAAGAAAAAAGUUAAAGAAAAUUAAAUAUUCAACACUUUACCAUUCAAACCCUAAAUCAAUAAUAAGAAAUGA